CUCUAUUGUUAUUGUGGCGUGCGCGCGAGGAACAGGCAGGCAGGAUGCACGAGGAGACAGCGGGGCCGUGAUGAUAAAACAACACGGAGGAACUCGCGCAGGCUCAACAUCUGGGAGAUAAACGGCAUCCGCGAGUUAUUAGAUUCACCCGCGGCUGUCGCUGUGGAGCGUUUAGCCCCGUGAACACGGAGCCGCACACGGGCUAUAAACACAGACAGACAGCUGUGGUCGCCGCAGACAGACACACACGGACAGCGCCGUCUCUGAGACUCCGGCGUCUUUCUGUCCAAGUUCUUCUCUCCGCUCCGGCUCAUGUGGACUGAUUCAGAGCUGGGACAUCACAAUGCCAAUGAAGUUUCUGGUCACUCAUUGGCUGACCAACGUAAUAGUAGCAUCAUGUCAGUGAAUCCCCCGAGCAGCAAUGAUGCCUGCCUCAGCAUCGUCCACAGCCUCAUGUGCCACCGGCAGGGCGGAGAGAACGAGGGCUUCGCCAAGCGGGCCAUCGAAAGCCUGGUGAAGAAGCUGAAGGAGAAGAAGGACGAGCUGGACUCACUCAUCACUGCCAUCACCACCAACGGUGUCCACCCCAGCAAGUGUGUCACCAUUCAGAGGACACUAGAUGGACGGUUGCAGGUGGCAGGGAGAAAAGGUUUCCCUCACGUCAUUUAUGCACGGCUGUGGCGCUGGCCUGACCUCCACAAGAAUGAACUCAAGCACGUCAAGUUCUGCCAGUACGCCUUCGACCUGAAGUACGACAACGUGUGCGUCAACCCCUACCAUUAUGAAAGGGUGGUGUCCCCAGGCAUCGUUGGUCUCAGCCUCCAGAACACAGCAGCACCAGGCGGCCUCAUCAAAGAGGAAUACAUCCAUGACUGCAUACAGAUGGACCUUCCGCCGGGCAUGCCGCUGUCAGACCAUCAGACGGCUCCUCCUGACCACUACGGCCAGCCGCUGCCUCCCCCACAGAUGUCCUCUGAGCCGCUUGGACCUCCACCUGUCAGCAGAUACACUAACCUGCCCGUCUCACCCAAAGUGUCCUGCUCUGGCCCCAUGCUGCCACUGCAGGGAGGUCACGGCGACGGACGUCUCCAAACGGCGUCUCCACAGGCUCAAGUCAUGACGCCAGCACCCCGACCUCCGACUCCAACCCAGCCCCCGCCCCAGCAGCAGGCCGCACAGCAGCCGCCGCAGCCGCCGCACUCACAGCAGCCCUCUCUACCCACGUCUCACUCUCAUGGACAGAAUGGAUACAACAGCAAUAAACACUCUCAGAGUCAGCCUGUCUUCCACACCGUAUGGACAGGCAACAACACGGCCUCCUACACUCCCAUAGGACCCCAGCAGAAUGGACGUGUUCUCCAACAACCUCCUCUCCAUCACCCCAACCACCACUGGUCACAGCAUCACGCCUCAACCUCUUUCCCUCCUUCUGUGUCCAAUCAUCCAGGACCAGAGUUCUGGUGCUCCAUCUCCUACUUUGAAAUGGACGUUCAGGUGGGCGAGAUGUUCAAGGUGCCCUCCAGCUGUCCUGUGGUGACCGUGGACGGUUACGUCGACCCGUCGGGGGGCGAUCGCUUCUGCCUCGGCCAGCUGAGCAACGUCCACCGCACGGACGCCAGCGAGAGAGCCAGGUUACACAUAGGCAAAGGCGUGCAGCUGGAGUGCCGUGGCGAGGGCGACGUGUGGAUGCGCUGCAUGAGCGACCACGCUGUGUUUGUACAGAGCUACUACCUCGACAGAGAGGCGGGCCGAGCGCCAGGCGAUGCUGUGCACAAGAUCUACCCCGGCGCUUAUAUCAAGGUGUUUGACCUGCGACAGUGCCACAGACAGAUGCAGCAGCAGGCAGCGACGGCUCAGGCCGCAGCUGCUGCACAGGCAGCUGCUGUGGCAGGAAAUAUUCCCGGUCCAGGAAGCGUCGGCGGCAUCGCGCCUGCAGUCAGUCUGUCUGCGGCGGCAGGGAUCGGCGUGGACGACCUCAGGCGACUGUGUAUCCUGCGACUCAGCUUCGUGAAGGGCUGGGGGCCCGACUACCCUCGGCAGAGCAUCAAACACACCCCCUGCUGGGUGGAGGUCCACCUGCACCGCGCUCUGCAGCUUCUAGAUGAGGUGUUGCACACUAUGCCACUGGCAGACCCCGGGCCUGCCAACUGAAGACCAAACCUUGUACAAAUUCCAAUCAGGAUUCUCUGAAUGUGCGCACACAGACACACGAUAAGAUGGUUUCGCUUCAGGCCAAAUAUGUAAUUUAAUUGACACACACACACACACAAGAAAAAAUCAAUCAGAAACACACAGAAAACAGAAAUGUUGCUCGUUACAAUCAAUGCACACACAAACACACACACACACAAACACACACUAAAACCAAAAGGUCUGUAGCUGUAACACAGACAUAAAUGUGCUAAUGUCUUUGGGAUUUUUUCUAAUGCUUUACUCUACAAUCUAAAUUCAAAUGCAAGUUCUGUGAAGGGUUUUGAGUUUGUCUCUGUACUGAAGACAAGAUGUGAAUGCACUGUAACUGAAAUCCAGUUCUCCUGUAUGCAUUCUGGAUUUCUCCUCACUUUAGUGAGUGUUCCCUGCACGUGCACUCGUGGGAUCAGACACGUUUGCCGUUUGUCUAGGAUUUGAUAAAAAAGUCACACCCACAGAUCAGCGCAUACAGUCGCUCCUGGGAAAAAAAACCAAGAAAUCCAGAAUGAAUCCAAGCAGCGUUACACUUCUCUUCAUGUCACAAGACGUGAGGAAGAGCCAGCGUUAAAGGGACAGUUCAGUUGUAGUGUGGUGUGUACGCACCCAUGCCAGUCAGAGGCCAGCAAAUGCUCUCAGAAAAAACACAGGAAAACAAAUUUCAGCCUCUAAACAAAACUAUAUAAUAAAAUGUACCCUUGUUUAAGUCUUGAUAAUGUCUUAAAAAUGUGUUUUCUGCUGUCAGACAGACUUUUCUGACAUACCAAACCC